AGGUCGGCUUGGGGAGCCGUGACGAGUCCGGAAGCGCCUGCGCGCGCCCCGCCGCUCGAGAAGUAGUUUUGUUCCUGGUUCUCGGCACUGUAGCCCUUCGGAGAGAACCCUCGGCAGGACCAACCGGACCCCAGCCGGCACCGCAGCCAUGUCCAGCAACAGCUUCGUUUACAAUGAGCAGUCAGGAGGAGGGGAGGCGACGGAACUGGGUCAGGAGGCGACUUCAACCAUUUCCCCCUCCGGCGCCUUCGGCCUCUUUAGCAGCGAUUUGAAGAAGAAUGAAGAUCUAAAGCAAAUGUUGGAGAGCAACAAAGAUUCUGCUAAGUUGGAUGCUAUGAAACGGAUUGUUGGGAUGAUUGCAAAAGGGAAAAAUGCAUCUGAACUGUUUCCUGCUGUUGUGAAGAAUGUGGCCAGUAAAAAUAUUGAGAUCAAGAAGUUAGUAUAUGUUUACCUGGUCCGGUAUGCUGAAGAACAGCAGGACCUGGCGCUCUUGUCCAUAAGCACUUUCCAGCGAGCUCUGAAGGACCCAAAUCAACUAAUCCGUGCAAGUGCUUUGAGAGUUCUGUCAAGUAUUAGAGUACCAAUUAUUGUACCUAUUAUGAUGCUUGCUAUUAAGGAGGCUUCUGCUGAUUUAUCACCAUAUGUUAGGAAGAAUGCAGCCCAUGCAAUACAGAAAUUAUACAGCCUUGAUCCAGAGCAGAAGGAAAUGUUAAUUGAAGUAAUUGAAAAACUUCUAAAAGAUAAAAGCACACUGGUAGCUGGGAGUGUUGUGAUGGCUUUUGAAGAAGUAUGCCCGGAUAGAAUAGAUCUGAUUCACAAGAAUUACCGCAAGCUCUGUAAUUUACUAGUUGAUGUAGAAGAGUGGGGACAGGUUGUCAUAAUCCACAUGCUAACUCGAUAUGCUCGUACACAGUUUGUCAGUCCUUGGAAAGAGGAUGAUGGUUUAGAAGACAAUGAAAAGAAUUUCUAUGAAUCUGAUGAUGAACAGAAGGAAAAGACUGACCAUAGGAAGAAGCCAUAUACUAUGGACCCAGACCAUAGACUUUUAAUUCGGAAUACAAAGCCUUUGCUUCAGAGCAGGAAUGCAGCGGUGGUAAUGGCAGUUGCUCAGCUGUAUUGGCACAUAUCACCAAAGUCUGAAGUUGGCAUUAUUUCUAAAUCACUAGUGCGUUUACUUCGUAGUAAUAGGGAGGUGCAGUAUAUUGUCCUACAGAACAUAGCAACUAUGUCAAUUCAAAGAAAGGGUAUGUUUGAACCUUACCUGAAGAGUUUCUAUGUUCGGUCAACUGAUCCUACUAUGAUCAAGACACUGAAGCUUGAAAUUUUGACAAACUUGGCAAAUGAAGCCAACAUAUCAACUCUUCUCCGAGAAUUUCAGACCUAUGUGAAAAGCCAGGAUAAACAAUUCGCAGCAGCCACUAUUCAAACUAUAGGCAGAUGUGCAACCAACAUCUCAGAAGUCACUGAUACAUGCCUCAAUGGCCUGGUAUGUCUGUUGUCCAACAGAGAUGAAAUAGUUGUUGCUGAAAGUGUGGUUGUUAUUAAGAAAUUACUGCAAAUGCAACCUGUACAACAUGGUGAAAUUAUUAAACAUAUGGCUAAACUCUUGGACAGUAUAACUGUUCCUGUGGCUAGAGCAAGUAUUCUUUGGCUAAUUGGAGAAAACUGUGAACGAGUUCCUAAAAUAGCCCCUGAUGUUUUGAGGAAGAUGGCUAAAAGUUUCACUAGUGAAGAUGAUCUGGUAAAACUGCAGAUUUUAAAUCUGGGAGCAAAAUUGUAUUUAACCAACUCCAAACAGACAAAAUUGCUUACCCAGUACAUAUUAAAUCUCGGCAAGUAUGAUCAAAACUAUGACAUCAGAGACCGUACAAGAUUUAUUAGGCAGCUUAUUGUUCCGAAUGAGAAGAGUGGAGCUUUAAGUAAAUAUGCCAAAAAAAUAUUCCUAGCACAAAAACCUGCACCACUGCUUGAAUCUCCUUUUAAAGAUAGGGAUCAUUUCCAGCUUGGCACUUUAUCUCAUACUCUCAACACUAAAGCUACCGGCUACCUGGAAUUAUCUAAUUGGCCAGAGGUGGCGCCGGACCCAUCAGUUCGAAACGUAGAAGUAAUAGAGUUGGCAAAAGAAUGGACUCCAGCAGGAAAAGCAAAGAAAGAGAAUCCUGCUAAGAAAUUUUAUUCUGAAUCUGAGGAGGAAGAGGACUCUUCUGAUAGCAGCAGUGAUAGUGAGAGUGAAUCUGAAAGUGCAAGUGGAGAACAAGAGGAGGAGGGAGACAGUAGUGAGGACAGCAGUGAGGACACCUCCAGUGAGCAUAGGAGUGACAGUGAAAGUGCGUCAGAAGUAGGAGACAAAAGAACAGCCAAGAGGAACUCCAAAAGCAAAGGGAAAAGUGAUUCUGAAGAUGGGGAGAAGGAAAAUGAAAAAUCUAAAACUUCAGAUUCUUCUAGCACUGAUUCUAGUUCAGAAGAAGAAAGUUCUUCAGAUUCUGAAUCAGUAUCAGAAUCUGAAAGUGAACCUGAAUCCAGAAAAGUCGCUAAGGAGAAAGAAAAAAAAAAAACAAAGCAAGAUAGAAAUCCUCUUACCAAAGAUGUUUCACUUCUAGAUCUAGAUGAUUUUAACCCAGUAUCCACUCCAGUUGCACUUCCCACACCAGCUCUUUCUCCAAGCUUGAUAGCUGAUCUUGAAGGUUUAAAUUUGUCAACUUGUUCAUCAGUCAUCAGUGUCAAUACUCCUGUCUUUGUACCAGUGAAAACUCAUGUGUUGCUUCAUCGGAUGAGUGGAAGAGGACUAGCUGCCCAUUAUUUCUUUCCAAGACAGCCUUGUAUUUUUGGUGAUAAGAUGGUCUCUGUACAAAUAACACUGAAUAAUACUACUGAUCAGAAGAUAGAAAAUAUCCACAUAGGGGAGAAAAAACUUCCUAUGGGAAUGCAAAUGCAUGUUUUUACUCCAAUAGAAUCUCUUGAGCCUGAGGGAUCCAUUACUGUUUCAAUGGGUAUUGACUUUUGUGAUUCCACUCAGACUGCCAGUUUCCAGUUGUGUACCAAGGACGAUUGCUUCAGUGUUAAUAUUCAGCCACCUGUUGGAGAACUGCUUUUACCUGUGGCCAUGUCAGAGAAAGAUUUUAAGAAAGAGCAAGGAAUGCUAACAGGAAUGAAUGAAACUUCUACUGUAAUCAUUGCUGCACCACAGAAUUUCACUCCCUCCGUGAUCCUUCAGAAGGUUGUAAAUGUAGCCAAUGUAGGUGUAGUCCCUUCUGGCCAAGAUAAUAUACACAGGUUUGCAGCUAAAACUGUGCACAGUGGGUCGUUGAUGCUCGUCACAGUGGAGCUGAAAGAAGGCUCUACAGCCCAGCUUAUCAUCAACACUGAGAGAACCGUGAUCGGUUCUGUUCUGCUGCGGGAGCUGAAGCCCGUCCUGUCCCAGGGGUAACCUGCUUACAUCUGGACUUCAGAAUCUGGCACACAACAAAAGUGCCUGGCAUCCACUACUGCUGCCUUUCAUUUAUAAUAAUAGCCCUUCCAUCUGGCAGCGGGGGAAGAAUACACUCUUGACAUUCUUGUCUCCUGCUUUAGAAUGCUGGUGUGUAUCUAUCAUGUAUGCAGUACUUGCCCCCUUUUCGCUUUGCUAACCAAAGAACAUAUAUUUUACUGUCAGUUUUCUCAACUCUUGAAUCCAUGUGGCAUUUUCUCUGUCCUGCUACUUCUUCUGGCCUUCUCCUCUUCUCUUUUUUCACCACGAUGGACAUGAAUUGGGUAUUUUAAGUUCAUUGGAAAUUACCCUCCCUCCCAGUGUAAACAAAAAAUCAGCCUAGAAAUAGUCUAAAUGGCCUCUCAGCUUGGUAUCUGAAAAUUGGGGUAGCACACUUUUUAGAAUUAAAUACAAAAACAACAAGAUCGCUGCAGAAUUUUGUUCUAUGAAUUUCCUGGUAUUGUAAUUGGUUAUUGACAAUGCUCAUCAUGAAAUCAUCUCUGAAUAAUAAACUAGCAUAUGAAUAACAUGUGUCUUUGCAUUUUUGAUGAGAAACUGUGUGUAAUCCCAAAGUUCAUUGGCUGAUAGUUCUUUAUUUUAAAGUAAAUGGCUUGAGUGUUAUAUUCUGCAAAGAAGCAGUCAAUGGGGUUUAGUUAGUGAAAAAAAACCCACUUUCAAACUCAAGUAGAUUUUCUGAUUGUUUUAUAGAGUAGUUAACUCCAAGAAAAAAAUUGAUAUAGUUAAUAACAACAGCAAAAAUCAUCAUGUUGUAACAUAAAAUGUCUCUUUCCAUGCAAUCUUGAUUAGUAGGGAUCAGAUUAUAAGGUGUAUUACACCUGCUGAAUAAAUUCUUUUUAUCUCAUUGCUCCUUUACAAAUCUUGAUGCCCAACUUAGACAGACUGAAACACCUUUGGAAACUAACCAGUAUAAACCUAAUUGUAGAAGUUUUAAGAACCAGUUACAUAAUCAACAUAUUCGCUCUUUUCCCUGCAGUGUUUAUUUUGUUUGCUGACUUAGGCAAGUCACUGUAUUUAGUUAGAUUGUUCUGUAACCAGGACACUUUUUUCUAAGUCUUUUAUACCUUUUUAAAACCAAUUGAAAUUUUAUUUACCUUUCUGAUAUAAGGUAAUAGAGAGUAUAUGCUAGUCAGUUCCCUUUCUUUAAAGCCACAUAAUGAUUUUUAAAAAGUAAAAAGAAUAUAUAUUGGUGGAAACACCAUAGAACAUAUAUAAAGAGAAGAAUAAAAACAUUCUUAGAAAAUACUCCUCGAAUAAAACAGACCUGAAAAAUUAAAUUUUCAAGCUUGUGAGCUGGGGAGAGCAAACAAGAGCAGCGACUCCGGGUGAGUAGAGCUGUGGGAGUCACGUGUCCGGCCUCGCCCUGGAGCCUUCCGGCCAUGGCAGAGCCGACAGCCAGGAGCGACGCUGUUACUGCAGCCGGUUGGCAUUUCCAUUAAUAAUCCUGUUUCUCGGGGCUUGCUUCACACCUUUGGGGUUUUCAGUCAACAACUUUUGCAAAUGUUAUAAAGAGUUUGACAGGCUACAUACCUGUUUUCUGAAAAACAUGUUUACACAAUGCAUCAAAGCAGAGGGAACAUGGAUGUUGUGGUGUAGACAGGUUUUUGUUUUCCUUAAAUGAGGGCACUUCUCUUUGAAAACAGGUUACUCAUAGAUACGUAUUUGGAAACUAAGGAAGUUUCAGUGGAACUUUAGUUUUGAAUAAGAUAAAUUUUUGAUAGCUAACCUUGAGAUUUAAAAUCUAUACUAAAUAAUAUAAUGUGGUAUACUAACAGUUGAAGCCAUUUUAACAUCAAUAGCUUAGUAUCAUUAAAAUAUUUUUCAUAUAAGUGGAAAUUAGAAAAAUGACCAAAAUCCCAAGUUUUAAGAUUUGGGGGUGGAAGGGGGUGGGUUUCUUCCUUUUUUGGUACAGUGUUUAAGAGUUCCUUACCUCAUAUUUCCUUUAACUUUAUCAUAAUCCAUGAUUAUCUCUAAAUUGUUCCAUUGAGUCGAGUUAGUCAAUGUUGAAUUCUUAAUUCUAGCUAUAUUUUUUCAUUUUAAUGUCCACUUAAUGGGACAUUUUAUGUACACCAAUCUUGAAGAAUGGCUCUCAUAGUAUAUUUCAGACUGAGCCUCAUUUUUGGUAUCACAUUGCCUCAUUUUCGGUAUCUCAAUACAUUUGCUUUAUUUAUUAUAAGAAAAGGAGAAUGUUUUUAUUCUGAAGAGCCUGUAACAAUGAACUUACCAAAUUAAAAUACUUGAUACUUGCCCUUCUCAGGAACUAUUUGCAAACAUUUGAAUAACUUUAUAAUAGCUUAUGAGAAGUUUGCCCUUGUAACCUAUGGUUCAUGUUAAGAAGAUAGAUAUUACAUUAGAGGAGACAAGAAUCCAGAAUGAUGAAUAAUAUAAAGGGAGGUUUUAAAAAGCAAAGUUUAGCUAGCUAGAGGAAAACCUAAGCUUUUUUACCUUCUUUGUUUCCUCUCUCUAAUCUCUCUAACGUUAUAGGGGAAUGUGUUUAAACAGGGAAAAGGCCUCUUUUCACAUAAUGAGGGGGGGAAAGCCCUAUGUUACAGUGCAAAAUUAACAAAGCCUUACUGUUUCCUCUCUAUUUAAAGCCUGCAUCCACGGUGAAACGUGAAGAACUGCAGUAACCAUUGUCAGGGGUAUAGUAAAAUAGAAGAUAUGUGCUCUACCCCCAAGAAACCACAAUCCAUUUGGCAAUAAAUGAAGAAAUGGCAGUGUGGACUUCGCUGAGUCAGUGAGCCCUGGUUUGCAAACAAACUUCACUUACAUACUAAUACAGGCGCACCUCCUUCCCCAGCCCCACUCACUUUGGGUGCUGAGUCCAGUAGCUUUAAGUGAGCUCUCAGGUCCCAGAGUCUUGCUGAACCCAUCUCUUCACCUCCACCUCCCCCUCCUCACACAGGUGACCUGCCCAGACCAGCCACUGGGUGCACACUUCUUUUGUUCUUCCAUCAAUCGGAGGUCGCUUAAUUGAAAGGCGAUUACUUUCUGACCAUAUACUUGCUUUUUUUUUUCUACCCUUCUCCUUACCAUUCCUUCCAACUUGACCAGUUACCUCAAGAAAAGUUUUCACGACCACUUUCACUCUCUUCUUGAGAUUUUAGAGGAACCAAAAAAACAAAACAAAACAAAAAGCAAGUUUAUGAUAGUGUUAUACUCUAGAUGAAUGGAAAUUGUGUUUAAUAGAAAAGCAUGCCCUUAAAUGGACCAGAAGUUUGUUCCUGAAUCUUCACGGUCUCCAUCUCCUUUCUUUAUGCAACUUCCCAACAAAUGGCGUUCAACGCGACUAAAUGAAGGCUUUACUCUUUCUAUCUUAGUAACUUUCCUACCACUUUUCAACUGUACUGUGGACUAAGCACUAUUUUAAGACCUGACGUGGUAAGUUAACUACCAUUUGAAAUUGUUUUUUGAAUAAAAAUAUUUUAGAUUUCACGUGAUCACUUGACCAACAAACUUGGAACAUAGCUGUUUGAAAGCUGAAAUUGUUUCUGGAAAGAGUUGUGAAGCAGUUGCAUGAUUGUCAGAUCACGCCAGAAAGAGCUAUUGGGUUUAGGGGGAAGCAGUGUUCACUGGGUUAGAGAGGUCUGAGAAGGUUCCACUGAGGCAAUGAAGCUGGAUGGCAUUUAGAGGAGAAAAGUUUCUGGAAGAAUAGAUUGUUCUCAACUGAAGCUGUCUCUCAGAAUGUACCUUUGUGUAGAGAGCAACUUACCCACACAUCACUCUGUGCCCCCAUUUCUCCCUUCUGCCUUCCCAGGCUGUCCCCCUGAUGCCAUCCCCCAGGUCUGCAGCUCGGGGGCUGUGGUAGGUCAGAGGAGAAGCGAAUGGUUGCCAUACUGUGGGUGGGGCCGCACUGCCCUUGGAAACUGGAGGCAGGAAAAAGAAGAUUGGGAACCAGUGAACCUAGAGAUCAGGAGAAAUCAGCUUUGUUGGUUCUACUGUCCUGUUUGUAAGCUAGUGUUAGAUAUUUCCUUGGGGAUUUUAGUUACUUCCUGUGCUUUUGAAUUAUUUACAGGUUCUGAAGUCUUUUUGGACUUAAAAGUAGCUAAAGAAUAUGAAAUUGCAUUGGUAUCUAUUUACUGGUUAAGUGAUUGUAUGUUGAAGUGGUGCCUAAUCUUCUCCCCCUUGUGUCUGUCUUUCUCUGGAGCCAAAUUGAUGUACAUAGUCACUUGUACAUGUAAUUCCUGGCCGCUUCAGUAAACGUGUACACUGAAGACCCAAGCCCCUCAGAACUCCAACAUGGAAUUAUUACAACAGACUCAAACUUGUCUUUAAUGACCUAAAACACUGCUUUCUCAUCUACAACCUUGAGCGCCAGAGACACCAAAAAUAAGGCUGACGUGGAGAAUUGUAUUAAGUAAUCUCUGCACCCAGGGUGGGACUUGAACUCACAACCCCGAGACCCAGAGUCUCAUGCUCUACUGACUAAGCCAGCCAGGUGCCCCAGUGUAGAAUAUUCUCAGAUCUAGAGAUGUUUAGAAAGCCUAACCAGUAGAUAAUUUUGCCAGUGGGCUCAUUCAUGUAAACUCUUGAAGACUGCAGGUGCUACACGUGGGCUUGGAGAGAACAGGGAAGCCUCACCUUGCCCACACCCUUCUCUUUAACUGGCCUGGGAGGGGUUGCCAAGGGGGGAGUUUCAUAAUAUGAGAGGGAGGGAGGGAAGAUAGAUUAGCUCUCAAACUGUAGCUCAACCAAGAUUCUGGAUUUGUUCCUCCUAGAAGAGCAUCUUCUCACCCAUGUAAGAACCAAUUUGGCGGGGGGGAGGGGGGGUUGUUUCUGUAAGCAGUGUGAUGGAUGUGAAGACUUGUUUUACAGUAGGGUAAAUCAUCUCCAUGGAUAACAGUAAGGAAUUGUCAAGACCGUGGCCUACAAAAAGAAAAAUACUAAAUUUUGCCUUUGCAAAGUAACUGAAAAGGGUUGUAUAAAGAUGGGCCCCUCAGCCUAAAUUUAAAUUCCCCAUUUCUAAUGAGUUCAUUGUUACAUGCUUAUUCCCUUUGUUAGUAAACUGUGUAAAGUUAGGAAUGACAACAAAGGGUGAGGCGUGAACCCAAACACACUGCCCAGGGGAACUUAAUGCAGACUUUUGGGGGAGACCCAAGUCCCCUCCCAACUUAAGGUUUAAUUUUUGGCCGACAAAAUGAAGCCGUCCUCAGAGGGCCUCAUACCGGCAUCACACUGAAGUCGCCAACACCCAAGGGCACUCUUUCCGUGACCCCAAGAGCCUCCAUUUUGCUCAGGCCUCAUCAAAACCACGGGGCCUACAUAAAAAUAUUUUGUAAACAAAGUUACGGGCAGCUCAGUUUCCUAAUUGAAAGUAAUUAUGAUUUCUGUGCUGUGGUGUAAUUACCUAAAAAAAUGUUAUUUGAUGAUUAAGAUUCUGGAGUGAAUUGUGUUCUUUGGGCUCUCGCGCCGGGCCUCCAUCGGGGACUUGGUUUCAGCGGCGUGCAGCUGCUGGAGCUGAUUUACAGUGCUGCGGCUGUGGCUGGUCAUAAAUAAAUCCUCUUAUAUAGUUGUUAUGAACACCUGUUAGAUCAUCUGUCAGCAAAGCGCUGUUCACAUUUAUCAUGGCGCGGGAGUCAUUUUACCUCAAUCCAUUUCCAACUGACUCAGCCUCCAUCGCCGGAUUACUAUUACCACACCAUCAUCGCUCCUUCCCACUCCAUGUUACAACUUGCAGAUAAAAGAUUUCACUACUUGGCCAAAUUUCAUAAAUAAAGGAACAGUUCAGUGCAGUAAAAGUUUAUUUUUGUCGUCAUCUGUCACCCCAUUAUUCUAUAAAUCAGAUGGAAUCGCGCUGUCGCUGGCUCAGGCGUUGCUGUCAGCCUUAGGCAUGGAAAUGGUCCGUUUCUUCCUUUCAGAUGAGAUGAGAUGUCUUUCCGACUUAACUGGCUUAUGGCUUUGUUUCACCCAUUUUAUUUUAUUACCCCUCCAAAAAAAAUCCUUGGGGAACGGAAAGAUUUACAGAGUGAAAUGGAAACAGAAAACACAGCCCAGCACACUGUUUAGCUCAGUGAUCUGCGUUUCCCCCCAUCCGGCCGUCAGGAAUUGACCCCCAGCCCCUCACACUCUGAGUCCUUGACUGAGGAUGCUUUCCAUAAACUUCUGAGGGCUUUGUGGUUUCUAUUAUGGAAAGGCCAUUCCAAUGUGGAGUCACAGAUAUUGAAAUACCUGAGGUAUAUCCUCAGAGAUCCUCCCAAUGUGACAGGCCUUAUGCAAAGACAUGUCGAACUGGUUUCUUUUCUAAAAUGCAUUGUAAUAGCUCGGAGGCUUUGAGAGACAAUGGUCACCCCUGGGGAGCGUCUUACCCCUUGGAGGUUUGUCAGCCGUGGAGCUUUGGAGGGGAGUCAGGAUUUAUUAGCAAGUUGUGAACUCCGUCUCAGGUGUAAGUCUGAGGAAGGCAAUGUCCCUCGGUUAAAAGGAAGAGGACAGAAAAAGCUGAAGGGAUGGGGUAAUAGAAAAGGGUUUAUAGUUGAUAUUAUACUUCCGAGUUGGUUCUAAUUCAACUUACAUUCUUCAUAGUCAUUAUGUAGCUCAUAAAUUCAAUAAAGUGUUUUACUGUUACUAUAAAAAUGACAGGAGGGGGGUUUUAUGUUGUAAGUUUCGUUAGUUGCUCUUCCUGUUUUAUGUUGAAGUUCUCAGGCCAUUAUGUCAUUAAACUCCUUGGAGUCUGAAGGGCUCAGGCCCCUCCAUUUCUUGCCUUUUGCACACUUGGCCGUGUCAGCCUAGGCUGGGUCAGGCCACCAGACACAUGGAGCCAACCACAGUAGUGCUGGGAGAUCAGGGGGCUUUGCAUCUGUUAUUUCAUGAGAAGCAGCUUCAUUCUGUGACGAUGGGGGAGGGGCGAAAGCCUAGGCAGACUACUGGAGGGGCUCUAGAAAUUUGGAAGAAGAGUCUAUCAGGAGCACUUGUUGGAUGGGGUGUAAGUGGCCCAAGGCCCUCGCAGACCCAGAAAUCAUUCCCUGCAUCGAGAUUGGCCUGGGAGCACUAGACUCUGCUUACUUGUUAACCUUUGCAUAGCUCGUAAGUCCAACCUUUGCAUAGCUCGUAAGUCCUUGAUAAAGUUCUAAGCAAAUGCAGACUCAGACUCUUAACUGGGAUUGUUUGAAAGGAAAGACUCUCUUGGCUGUUUUCUUUGAUUCCAGAAGAAGCAAAGGGCACUUCUGCUGUAGGAAACUUUGCUUUCUCCAGAUGUUUGUUUUGAACAAAAUAUCCACAUGGAAACAGCAACUACUAAUUCUCUGGCCAGAGUGCAUCAAGGCCUUAAUCUAAAGCCUCCCAUCCAUCCAGCUGUCUGGCAUUUGCUAUUAUAGGGCACCAACAGAGAAAUGAGGCUGUGGCUUUAUCACUGCACCCUGGGUGACAACUUGAUUUUCUGCUUUCACCGCAGGCAGCAGCAGCCCAACAUGAUGGGGCUGUUAAUUUGUGCAUUUCAUGGUGUCUGUCAGGGGGGCAGGGAGAGGAGGGUUUCAGGGGGAAGGGAAUGGAGCAUGUCCCAGCCGCGGAAGCACCUGUCUGCAUUGACGGCACAGAGCACUUCUUAUUAGCGUGCAGGUCUCUAAAUGCAGCCCAGGGAUGACAGCCUGGCAUCCCAGCACCCACACACUGUGACAGGCGCCGGCAGCCGGUCCCAUUGUUUGCCCUUGAUGAGCAUGUCAUUAAUGGAAAUGGAAGAAAGUGAGGGCCACAUCAGUAUUCAAAUAGCCUCUAUUCUCUCUGCCAUUCACCCGGCUGGCUCAGCCUGCUGCAGAUUUCCUUCUGCAAGCUCCUCUUAGACUUUUUUUUUUUUUUUUUUUUUUUGGUAACAGAUUUAUUCCCAUUGCAUACAAAUCCUUUCCAUGUUGUUCCUGGUUUCUUCCAAGCCUGUGUUUACACCCACCUCUUUAGGCUGGAUUUAGCUAGAUCAAAGGAGAUUUGGGGCUCUUGUAUAUUGCAAAGGUCUAAUUAGCAAGUGCAUGCUCUUUACAGCCAAGAAAAUGCAUGUUGCUACUCCUGAAUCCUGCAUCUUCUCUGAGGGGGAUGGUGGCUGCUCUGGCCACCAGUCUGAGAAAUAUCUGAUAGAGCUGGGUAGCAUGCAACACAGAGAAUCUGACUUCUUCGAGAAUGGCUGGCAUGAGAAACAAUACUUCUCUCUCUCAAGCUUAGCAAAUUAAAGAAAAAGCAAGGAAAGUGCCCAGUAGUGUACUUGGGAGGGAAAGAACUGUGUAUGCCCAUGAUUAUUUACAGCCAAGUGGAGAGUGACUAGAUCCUAAAUACAUGUUUCCGUCCCUCCCACCCUGUGUUGGUCUGUUUGCUUAAUAAUGUAAUUAGUGCUCAGAGGGAGAAUAUUGACGAUGCUGCCUGCAGCCAUUGCUUUUCCGUGCGCCUCUAACCCGGUCCUGUUGCCCACCUGGCUCCUGCAUUGCCUAGUCUGGUGGCUUCGGCCGUGCACCUACACACCCUCACUCCUGCCCACACACCCCUCCGAGCCCCCUCUGCUAAUAUAAGCCCAACUCCACAGUCCCACCCCCCUGAGCCCCUGCACACACUUAGUCCUGUGCUUGCCAGGCUCACAUCUCACACGUUCAGAUGGCAUGUCCUUAGAUGAAGGCAGCAAUGAAAGACCACCUCUGAUUUCUCUCUGACCUUUUAGUAAGGAAAGGUCGGAAGAACUGCUUGCUGUGCAUUUCCCUAGCAAUGUCCCUUAUCUGGUAUUAAUCUGUCAGUGAGUAGGGCCCCGACUCCCUAAGACAUCUUCCAGGUUCGGUCUUGCCGGAGGCUGAAAAUGGAGCCAACAUUACUGCCGAGUGCCUGGAAGGAGAACUCGGGGCUAGUUCCUCAGCAGUGCAGUGUCCUCUGCUUACAUCUGCAAAAUGAACAAAGCAAUUCUGACUUCACCAAGCUAUUUGAGAGAAAGAGCCAUGUCUUUAUUCCAACACUGUCGUCUCCCAGUAGAGGUGCCCAGUGGUCUGGCUCAGAGUGGACCUCCAUGGAAUUGUUCCUAUCCCGGGUAUCACGGCCCCUCGAUGGUUCUGGGGGAUCCAAGAACAGAUUUUCUCAGGUGUUUACCGGACAACCUGCAGAAUCCCCCCAGCCCUUCCUCAGUAGAAGCCCAGAGGGGUGAUUAUGGUUUAAAAAGCGAAGUCGUAAAUUGGGCUUUCUCUACUCACUUGCUUUGUAGCUGAGGGAAUCCACAGAGGGCAAUUUAAAAGAAAAAGAAACAGGCUGAGAAAAAAAAUUGCAAUGCUUUAGCCUUAGUGUCAGAGUGAUGGAAAAUAAUUUUCACAUUUGAUUAAUUAUUAAGAAAUCUGUUUAAUAAAAUAUAGAGAGAGCAUUUUGUCUCUCCACAAUCAUUAGUAUGACCCUGGACCCCUAUUUUGGAGGUGAACAAAAAGCUAUUGAGGUAUAACAAUAAAUUUUGUCCCCAAGGGUUUUUGCAGAAGUGGCCACAGGGCCGUCCUGACAGAUUUAAGGCAGAAAUCCCACAGCUGACACUGAAAUGUGUCAAAUCCAGUGGCUUCAGUUGGCAGGUCGCACUCGCCAGCCUCACCCAGACAUGUGAAUAAAGCAGAAUUAUUGACCUAGAAAGAAACCGGGCAUUGGUAGGGCUUUUUUCUUCUUGUUUUAUUUUUUUGGAAAAUUAUCUCCCUAAAACAUAGGUUCAAGUGUUUAGUAUUCUUGGUAGCUUACUUUUUUCAAGUGCAAAAAGUCAUCAAGGAAUCCUAUUCUUCUUUGAAUGAGUUAUUGUCAAAAAACACAAUUUCUCUGUCCAUGACUUUGUUUUAUUAGACUUUAAAUAGGAAUAUCAGAACGUCUAAAGAAAUAUCCUAUUAGAAUUAGACUUCUUUUUCCCCCAGAAAAAAAAAAAUUAUCUUUAAGAUUAGUAUGUAGAGGGUUUUAUCCAACUUCGUGCAUUUAAAAUAAUUAGUUAUAUGAAUGUACAUACUCAUUUUUAAAAUGCUUGGAGAGAGAUUUCCAAGUUUCAAUUUCUGAUGCACUUUGAUUUGCUAGUUAUUUUCAAAUAUUGAUUAUGCUCCACAGACGUGGAUUCAGGGAGCAAUCACCAUCAGACAUCAGGCAUGGAGAUGUUCGGGCUGAGUUUACUCCAUGUUCCCUCCGUGCCCCCAACCUACUGGUGGUACAUUUGUGAAGUUCACAUCUUUCCCAUUCAGGUGGAUGUUCCUCUGGUGAAGGCACUAGUGAAAGACCACCUCUAAUUUCUUCCUGACUCUUCAGUGAGAAAGGACAAGCCCUUGCCUGGCGGCGGGGGGGUGGGGGCUGGCAGUGGGACAUUCUCAGGCUGCGCCUGAUGGGCCAUCGUGGAGGGACCUGGGCCUACACCUUCACAGCCUACACCUGUAUCUCUAAACCUUCCACCACUGCCCAACUAUUUUGAAGAUAAAUUCAUCAGACCUUCCGGAAGGAAUUCCUGAGCUAGUCAUCUGCAAAUAUUUUCACUCUCUUAGCAAAGGCCACUCCCGUGAAUGGAAAGCUUAGUGUGAAAAACACGUUGCAGGGAUGGGGUAAGGUGGGGUGGGGGAAACAAUUUGGUCUUUCAAUUACUAACCUCCUGCCCCUUCACCUCAGACAUUGGUGGGGAGCACGUGUGAUAUCAGGAGGUUAAGUGGCCCCAGUGCUGUUCCUAUGGCCAUGUAGUGAUCUCCUGGGACCAAGAAGAGCACAAGUAUCAUUCUCCCCUCUCUGGGCCGGUAGAAGGCAGAAGAUUUACAAGCUCCAGAGGUAAACAGGGAGAAAAUAUUAAAAUCUUUAUCAUCUUUAUUAUUUAUCCAAUGCUUCUUCUCGAUUUGUAUUUGCUUUAUAAUGCACUCAAUAUAUUGUACAGGACAGUAAAUACAUAUACACAUACAGUAAUAUAUAUAGUUAGUGUCCUAUGCACAUAUUAGUAAAACAUUAUAAGUAGUCAUACAUGUGUAUAAUAUACAGUCAGCAAUGCGUGAUCCAAUUUACAGAUAAACAUAUGCACUGGAAUCAACUCAGUCAAAAGUGCCUGGAGACCACAGUGUGGCUCCCAGCAUGCACUGCUCUUCGCUGCCACAACAGUGAGCCUAAGGUGGUAUUCCGAGCACCAGGUUCUCUCCUCUGUGACUGUGGUUUGAGAUGAGUAGGCAGGGAGGCCUCUGGAGGCACCGGGAAGUUAUUUCUACUUCCCAGACAAAAAUCAGACCUCUCCUGGCCUCUCCCACUCCUCCACCCUUUUUUCCUCAGGGCAGUUUAGAGAAUAUUCAAUGUUCAGCCACCUCAAGGAGGAAGCGCAGGGAAGAGGGUGAUUCCGUCCUGAGCAGGUUCACCAUCCUGAGCAGGUUCGCUGUGCGGGGUGCGGGGACGGAUUAUAGCCCACUUUGGAGAAGUUGGGAGGCAGGAUGUGGGAGCGGUGCAGCCUCUCUGCUGGAGGAAGGCGUCGGGGGGCUGGGCGGUGGACAGGCAGAGGGUGGGAUGGCAUCUGGAUCCAUCUCAUUAGGAGUGAGGAAUGACUCCUGAUUCACAAAAGGUCAUUGCCUACUGAGGUAGAUAAAUUACCUAUAAGCCUUCAGCAGAGUUGGAGGACCUAUUUGGAAAGGAAGUUUUCAUUAAAUCAAAGAUUUUAUGGCUUCUAUUUUGUUGCAUAGGAAAAGGGAAAUAAUUACUAAUUGACGAAAUAAGUGCAGGGAAUAAAAAAGUGUAAUGUUAUUCUAAUAGGCCUUGUCUUGGUCUUUAACUUUUCACUUGCAAGCAGCAUUAUUUUUUAACUCAGAUGUAUAAAAAUCAUCCACACUGAGAAAGUGGAACGAAUUGCAGUUAAACAAUUGAGGGGAGCACUAACCAAUAAUAGGAUAGGCUUUAAAAUGCCAUAAAUAUUGUUCCUUUUUAUUGUGUUUGAUUUUUGAUGAUUCCCAUAACCCAUUGCUUAAGAUUAAAUAGACAUGUUCUUAGGUAUUACUCAAAUACAUUUUAGUGCUAAACUAUAUAAAGCAGAAUAUAUAUAUUUGCCCCCAAAUUGCCUGUUAGAUGAGUUUCUCAGAUGGGCCCCUAUUUUUCUACUGACAUUUCCAUCUUGGGAAACCUCCCAGAUUAUAAUAGUAACACUGAAAUUAAAAUUUCUCCAAGGGUGAAUUUAACCUAACCUAUAGGGGUAUCAAUGCAGCUUAUACAUUAGGCCGAUUUUCAUGGAAUAACAAAUAUUGGAGUCUUUCUGUCAGCGAAAUGUUUACCCCUCACAUUUACAUGACCACGGGGAUUUCUUUUUCAUAGGAUCCCUGCCUUUUUACCCCUAAUUAAAUCGGUUUUGGAGAGGAUUUGUGCUCCUGUGAGAUUCACAGGCUAUCAGAAGUAAAUGAUAAACAAAGAAAUAUGGAAAAUAGCUAAGUGGGGAAAGAAAACGGUAGAUUCACACUGAUUGCACCUUUUUUUUUUUUUUUUUUUAAGCUCUCUUCCCCGGAUAGAAGGCCUCCUAUGCUUGGUCUUCAGCUGAUCAUUUUUUGAACCUGCGCUUUCUCCUUGUUCCCUUGCAGCAGCUGGGUGUGCGGGGUGGGCCCUGCGUUCAUCCGCAUCCCCGCACUGAGGGAGCCGCAGCUCUGAGCAACGGGAUGGUGGGCGCGGGUAGGAAAGUCCUCUGCAGGGACGGUAUGGGAUGAGAAGGGGACCGAAAAGUCACUAAUAAGGUAAAGUGCCCAGCAUGGUGCCUGGAGCUCGUCAGCCACCAAAUUAUUCACAUUAUAUAAAAAGAUCCAAGUAGGGGGUAUUCUCCAUUAUAGACAGGGAGAGAAGCAGAGUUAUCUAAGUGCAUAAGAAAAAUGCAAACGUUCUCCUGACAAGUACAUGAUGGGCUGUGUGUGGCCCUGCUCCCCUUUAUGGACUUUUCCAAGAGCCCCAACCCCCAGUUUCCCCAAGUUCUCGAUCUAAUAUAAUUUUAGUAGUAUCAAAUAAUGACAUUCUUAACCAUUUCUCAAGGGCAACCACUCUACUCACUAAUAGAUCUCACUGUCAGGGAAUUUUUAUGGAUAACUAUUUAGGAACUUUUUUUUUUCCUCUAAAUUUCUUCCCACUGGAACACUGUGAGUCUUGAAAAUGAACAAACGGUGAAACACCCUUGUUCGCUUGUGACCCUCAAGAUGGCAGACGGUUACUGGUGACAUUAGUGGUAGGCAUGACUUGCUUCACCAUCCAAGUGGCAUCCAUCAAGCUGCCCUACUGCCCAGGCCUCAGUUUCUUCAGGGAGAAGUUGUAAAGAAUUAAGGUGAAGAGACUAUCUAUCCCCUUAGUAUCCCUCUUCCUCUGGCUGGACUCAGCAUCACUCAGCACAACACUGCAUUCCACUGCGGGAGCAUCACCCAGCCUCUGGACCUCAGGUAUCCCAGGCAGAGAAAUGCCCUUGGGUUUGUGCCUGCCCUCCGUGACUUCCACCACACAAGAAAGGGAGCCCCAGGGGACUCUGACCAAAUUUACUAAGCUGCAUCCUGAGCAGAGCAGAGAUUCCUGGUGUCACCUCCUCCUGUCCCACCACGACUUCCCUCGUCCUAGCAACAUGCACCAAACACCUUGAGACAGAUGUACGGCAACGAGGACCGCAAGUUCCCUGACUUCGGGGGCUCAUUAUCUCUUUGAGAGAAUAAGACACAAAAACAGAUUGUCUCAACUGUAAGAACCUUGAGAUCCUGAAUCCCCAAGGAUGCCUGCUGCUUUUCUUACGUGCUGCCUAGCAUGGCCUUUGUACAGAAGAUUCUGUAAGGAGUUUGAUGUGGUUCUUGCAUUUGUGUUCUCUUGGCUCUCACCGAUGGGGCUUCUGGGAGCUGACCACCCCCCGCCCCCGGAAUUGACCUGUCUCCUAUGUAUCUGUAGCAAAGGAACAGAUGGAAUUCUUUCCGUUCUACCCAUGGGAGGAAGAGAUUUCUCAUGAGGAAGUCUGCCGCUCCAGUUUGCCCAAAGUUGGCCAUCUAGGAAUGGGCUGCUUCGAGGGGCCCUCCGUGCAUCCUCUCUGGGCUGGCCCGCAGGAAUCCACAGGCUGCUAAGGCAGAGUCAAGUUCAAGUUGCCGUAUGUUGAGGACAAGUCGACAACGCUCUUCCCAGUCCAGAGGUGUCCUCCUUGGUCCCUGAGCAUUUGAGAAGGCCCACUUGCCCCAUUUGCUCUGCAAAUCCACUUUGCACCAGCUUCUCUUAGAACCAGGUGUCUUUGAAACAGAAAACCAGGGAGACAGUCAUGGGUGCCCGAUGUUCUUCACUUUUGUCUUUCAGACCAAAAUAUCAGGUCACUGGUUGCACCUUGAAAAUGUUUGCUCUCCUAAGCGUCUCCUCUCCAGCCUCCAGUUAAAUUGCUCCAGACCAAGCCUGAUCAUUUUUCUAUACACAUAGAACUCUAAUUAAUAUAAACAUAAUGGCAAAGAGAUCCUGUACUUUACAAAGAGAAGAAGGGAAAAUGCCCCGUUGGUAGUCCCCUGACAUCAGGCACAGCUUUUCAGCGGGAUGGAAUUCCAGAGCAUAUUUUUCUAAUUUAUGGAUGGACAAUAAAUCAAAAUUAAGCCGUGGGCAAUGAAAUAUACAUCAGUGUGGAAUGAACUGACUGCAAACGAGGACCCUGCACAACCGAGGGAAAGGAUAUAUUAAUGGAAUCCUAAGCUGCAAACACUGAAGUGAAAAUUAAGGAAGUUUAUUCUGCAUUUUGUCCCUAUAAAACCAAAAGGCAAAGACAGAAAAUGAAGUUUUCCUUUUUCCAUGCACAGUACUGGAGGAGCACAUUUAAAUAAAAAAAAAAAAAAGUCAUUGCUUUUAAAUGCUUUCCAUGUGGGUGAAAAAUCUCCAUUGCUGUUUUUGUUAUUUUCAGUAAUUAAGAAGGGUUUGAAGUGCUUAAUUUAUUUUCGGUUUUGCUUUUCUGGAAGAGUGAACAAAGGCCAUUGUUGACAGUCUUCAGUUUCUCCUGGGAAAGGUUGGGAGAAAGAAGGACAUUCUUCCCUCCCAGGUGGACGCCAUUGGGCUGAGAGCUGUCCAGUGCUGAACGAAUCUUCCUUGUACCGACCUCCAACUGUCCCGGCACCUGGAGACAGAGGCAACCUUAGAGUUUCAUUCUCAUCAGAGAUGCUCAGGCACCCCAAGUACAGGGCCACCCCUUGGCCUUGCCCACCUCACUCUGGCCGCUCCCAAAUCUGGUCCAAGGUCAUGUUGGAGCUGCUCGCUUGGCUUAUCCUUCUUACCGUUGCCAUAGGCCAGCACCAAACAUCUUUAACAGAGCCUGCCAGGGUAACCAUCAUAUUUACCAGGGAUAAGGUUUUGUGUUUAUGUGCAUGUCGGGGUUCUUAACUAACAUUAUCUCUUGAAUCCUCACAGCAUCUCUGUUAAUGGGGAUAUGUGGCAAAUAUUUAGAUAGAGACAGGGAUACAGAACCAUAAUGAAAUUGAGAGCUUUGUCUUGGGCUGCAUGACAAAUGGUGGACCUGUGGAAAGGGAACUUGCCGACCGGUUUCCAGUUCUAGAUCUCACUUAGACAGCAAAUUUCCUCUCUCCAGCGAAAAGGAGUUUUUUCAGAUUAUUCUUCCAAAGGCACUCACACCUUAUAGCACAAUUAUUUCUGUAGAAUCAUCUGUGACUGUUUUCCUGACUUGUAUUUAUUUAUGAACUGCUGUUUCUAUAAACUCAUGUUACUGAGAAUGUUUUAAAUUAUUAAAAUUAAUCUUAAAAUAAAUCAUGUAAUUUAGGAAUUAAUGUUUCAUGUAUCUCAGAAAGAAACCAGUAUGUUCUGUGGCCCCCAAACUUAUAUUUUGAAAAUUCUAAAUGGAAUAAUAUUUGGGUGAUGUUUUAAAACGUAUAUCCUUUGGGUUAAUUACUGGGGCUGAGAUACUUGGCUGCUAUGAAACUUAAAAAUGAAGGGUAUGUCUCCUCCACCAUUAUAGUUUUCCUUUUUGCAUCGACUCCUCUUCCUUCUUCAAAUCCUCAAUACUAUUGCUUAUAGAAAAUAUGCCAUAAGCCUGCCAGGAGAUCUUUUGUACAAAAAUAUAACAGCAUUUUGCAACUUACCUGUUUCUGAGGAAAAUCUUUGUUCUUUGAGGAAAUAGUUUUAAAAGGCCUCUUUUUCAUUUUAUGAUCACAAUAUUACAUAGUAAUGUUGGUGAUCGUAAUAAUAAUGGCUGAGAUGAGUUGAUGGUCCUGUUCUGGAAGCCUUAGGUAAAUCAGCUCAAGCAGUCCUCAUAAGCAGCCUGUCGGGUCGGUACUGUUGUCACCCUUCUUGACAGCUGAGGACAUGAGCCUAAAGCAAUCAGUCUCUCACCAGAGAUCACACAGUGAUGGAUGAAGGAGAGAAAUAAACUCCAGCAGUUGGUCUGAAGAGCCUGCCCUUUCAGUACAUCAUUAUUCUACAAAAUGCUCUUACAUAAAGGAAAGCUUGGGCCUUUAUAUAUUUUAACUUUUAAACUUCACGGGUUAGCUUAACCUAUCUCCUCUAGAUGCAGUGUUACUCUAUAAAUCACUGAUGGGAAUGACUGGUUGUUCAUAAUCACUGUCACAUAAAUGAUUAUAAGUAGAAUUAUAAUAUUAAAAAAUGAAUUCCUCAAGAUCCAGAUAGUUCUCUAGCCUCAUUUUUACCUCAAGGAGUCUAUGUUUAAAAAUUCUAUCUACUAGGGAGGGGGGGGCGCCUGAGUGGCUCAGAUGGUUAAGUGUCUGCCUUCGACUCAGGUCAUCAUGUCGGGGUCCUGGGAUGGAGCCCUGUGUCAGCCAACCUGUGCAGCCGGGAGUCUGCUUCUCUCUCCUCACUCUUACUCUGUCUCUCAAAUAAAUAAAUAAAAUCUUUUAAAAAAUUCUAGCUACUGGGGUGCCUGGGUGGCUCAGUUAGCUAAGGGUCUGCCUUUGGCUCAGGUCAUGAUCCCAGGGUCCUGAGAUCAAGCCCCGCAUCAGGUUCCCUGCUCAGUGGGGAGCUUGCUUCUCCCUCUCUCUCUGCCCCCACCCCCCCCCUUGUGAGUGCGUGUUCUCUCUCUCUCAAAUAAAUAAAAUCUUUUAAAAAAAAUUCUAGCUACUGUAUCAGUAAAUAUGGACAAAGACAUAGGGUUGCUGACAAAGGAUUGGGGAUUUCAACUGUAUGAAUGAAUGAGUUUAAAACAAGUUAUUUUGGCCAUACUUAGUUAAAUAAAGCAUACAGGUUAGUUCAUGAUAGUCUUUUAAACUCUUAUCAGAAACUUGCCAUUACAGCAGAAGAGUUCAUUAAGAUUUAAAAAUAUGUAUACUGAUGAACAAUAAUACACAGUAACAGUAUCACAUUAAUUAUUAUAGUGGCAACAUUUGUAAAAAAAAUAAAACAAAACAAAAUCUUUUAUUACUAAUUUUUACCAAAAGUAUAUCCCAUAUUUUCAAAAUUCAUAAAUUCAACCAAUUUUUACUGAUGGCCUACCAGGAUGUACAGGCAUUGUGCUAGGCUCUAAGGAUUCAGUGCAAAAAAGAUAGAUAUGAUCUCCGUUGUGGAGUUUAUCUUCUAGAUGUGGAGAACCCUGUUCUUGAUCAUUGUAAAAAUAUAUUAUGAGAAAAGUUGAAGAGCAUUAAAAAUGAAGAAUUGCUCCUGACUUAAAGGUGUUUUUUUUUUUUUAAGAUUUUAUUUAUUUAUUUGUCAGAGAGAGAGAGCACGCAAGGGAGAGAGAGAGAGCACAAGCAGGGGGAGCGGCAGGCAGAGGGAGAAGCAGGCUCCCUGCUGAGAAAGGAGCCCGACGUGGGACUCAGUCCUAGGACGCUGAGAUCAUGACCUCAGCAGAAGGCAGACGCCUAGCUGAGCCACCCAGGCGUCCCUAAAUAAGAGUUUUCUUUUGAUACUAAAAUCUGCAUAACAUUUCCUAGAAAUACAGUCUUAAGUUCUUUGAUAUCGCUUUUUCUAGAUGACAGCUUCUUCAUUUCCUGUCUGAAGAUUCCUAGGUCCUACUCAUUUUUUAUAGUUUCCUGCUAAGGAUUCUUCUGGAGGAUGGUUGGUCCAUCUGUUACUCUAGAUCUGUUUUCCCUUACUCUGUCUCUUAGCUGAGACUCUCAUCAAACUCAACACUUAGAUUAUAUUUCCUUUUUAUUAUUGAGGUGAAGCUGACAUAAUAUAAAAUUAACCAUUUUAAAGUGAGCAAUUCAGUGUCAUUUAGUACAAUUACACUGUUGUACAAUCACUACCUCUCUCGUUCCAAAACAUUUUCAUUUCCCCAAAAGAAAACCAACAUCCAUUAAGCAGUUACUCCCCUUUCCACAUAUUCCCAGCCCCUGGUAACCACCAAUCUGGUUUCUGUCUCUAUGGAUUGACCUAUUCUGGAUAUUUCAUAUAAUUGUAAUCAUAAAAUAUGUGACCUUUAGUGUCUGGCUCCUUUUAUUUAGCAUAAUGUUAUUUAGGUUCUUCCAUGGUGUAGCAUCAGUAUUUCAUUCCUUUUGCGGCUGAAUAAUAUUCUAUUGUAUGCACAUGCCACAAUUUGUUUACCCAUUCAUCCACUGAUGGACACUUGUGUUGUUUCUACCUUUUGGCUAUUAUGAAUACUGCUUUUAUGAACAUUCAGGUAUAAGUAUUUGUUUGAGUUAUCUGUUUUCAAUUCUUUUGGGUUUUGGAUAAAUUUAUUUUGGAUAAACUUAGAUUUAAAGAAAAGCUACAAACAUAAUACAGAGAGUUCCCAUCAUCCCCUUUCCCCAACAGUAACAUCUUGCAUACUCAAGGUACAUUUGCCAAAACUAAGAAACCAACAUUAGUACAAUAUUAUUUAUAAACUCCAGGCUGUAUUUGGAUUUCACUAGCUUUUCCACUAAUGUCCCUUUUUCAUUCCAGGAUCCCUUCCAGGAUUCCACAUUGUGUUAAGUGAUCAUGUCUCCUUAGUUUCCUCUGGUAUAUAACAGUCUCUCAGUCUUCUGUUGUUUUUCAACCUUGAGAGUUUUGAAGGGUACUGGUUAGAUAUUUUGUAGAAUGUCCUUCGGUUUGGGUUUGUCUGAUGUUUUUAUCAUGAUUAGACUGGAGUUUGGAGACAGGAUGUCAUAGAGGAGAAAUUUCCAUCACAUCAUAUCAGGAAAUACAUGCUAUCACCAUGACUAACACUGGAGAUAUUAACCUCAAUCACUUGGCUGAGGUGGUGUUUGCCAGACCUCUGUAAAGUCCCUCCCCGACACUUUCCAUACUCUAUUCUUUGGAAACAAGUCACUAAGUCCAGCCCACACUCCUAGGGAGGAGUAUCUAUAUAAACUAUUUGGAAUUCUUCUGUAAGGAAAUUUGUCUCUCCCAUUUACUUAUUUAUUCAGUCAUUUAUUUAUGCCAAUCUGGGUUCAUAGAUAUUUAUCUUAUAGUUAAUAUCCUUUUGAGGUCUUGUCACCAAUACCUGUAAGAAAAGUGAGAAAUGCAGAGUGAGUGCAGUUUAGAGUGCUUUGAAGGCAAGAAGAUCUUGGGCUUGAUAUGGAAUAUAUCAUUCACAGAACAAGAUAUACAAUUCUCACAGCAUGGGAGGUUUGAAGAUGAUAUUUACUGAGUAGGGAUAGAAUACAUUUUGGUGUUAGCUUUUUAUUGGAGGCUAAAUCUAAACUUUUUAGAGGGCUUGUUUGAUCAGGGCCUAGGUUUUCCAAUUCCUUGUUCCAUGCUCCUAUAUUAUUUAUUGCCAUCAAAUCUUUGUAUGUGGUCGUAUUUGUAGCUAUUAAUAUACUUGUGAAUAAAUAAAGUGGUUCCACAUAAAAUAUCCCCACUUGACUUACACUGACAUUCUAAAAAAAAAGUACUUGUGUUUUCUGGAGUGUCUCUUACCCAGGAUUUAGAACCAUGGGGUUUAGAUAUGGAGAUACCUUGACCAGGUAGUACCACUUAGUCCUGCUAUUGAUGAGGACAUGGAACCCUGUGGCCUUAGAGGCUCUCUCUAGAUCAUGGAUGAUCAUUGGCCAAGCUACAAGUUACAGAUGGACAGAUAGCCAUGAAAAAAAAAACAAACAUGAAAGCUUGUCUUGGGUUAUGCAAUAAGCUAAUGGUGGAACCGAGGGAAAUAACCAUAUUGGCUAAUUCUCUGCCCUGUAUCAAAAUUAUUUUUAGUGUUUGAUUAAUGUUUAUGUUCCUGAUUCCUUUUUCUCUAUUUUUUUUUAAGAUUUUUUAUUUAUUUGACAGAGAGAGACACAGCGAGAGAGGGAACACAAGCAGGGGGAGUGGGAGAGGGAGAAGCGGGCUUCCUGCGGAGCAGGGAGUCCAAUGCGGGGCUCGAUCCCAGGACCCUGGGACCAUGACCUGAGCCGAAGGCAGUUGCUUAACAAUUGAGCCACCCAGGUGCCCUCUGCUAUUUUCAUUGAAGAAUUAUACUACCAUUAUUAUUUUCAAAACUUAAGAUGCCUAGUAUAACAUGAAGUUAUUCACUGCUGACAAAUCAGUAUAUGCAUAUACCAUAUGGUCCUGUAAUUCCACUACUGGGUAUUUACCCAAAGAAUACAAAAACACUAAUUGAAAAACAUAUGCACCCCUAUGAUUAUUGCAACAUUGUUUACAAUAGCCAAUAUAUGGAAGCAACCCAAGUGUCCAUUGAUUGAUGAAUGGAUAAAGAAGUGGUAUACACAUACACAUUCACACACACACACAGUGGAAUAUUACUCAGCCAUAGAAAAGAAUGAAAUCUUGCCAUCUGCAACAACAUGGAUGGAUCUAAGAGUAUACUGUUAAGUGAAAUAAUUCAGUCAGAGAAAGACAAAUACCAAAUGAUUUCACUCAUAUGUGGAAUUUAAGGAACAAAGAAAAAAAGAGACAAACCAUAAAAACAGACUCUUAACUAUAGAGAACAAACUGUUGCUUACUAGAGGGCAGGUGGGUAGAGGGAAUGGGUGAAAUAGGUGAAGGGCAUUAAGAGUACAUUCAUCUUGAUGAGCACUGAGUAAUGUAUAGAAUUGUUGAAUCGCUAUAUUGUACACCUAAAACUAAUAUAACACUGUAUGUUAAGUAUACUGGAAUUUAAAAAAAUAUUGAUGACAUAAAGGAAGGAAUAGAAAUAAGAAAAGAGCAAGACAGCAUGAAAAUAGAAAAGAACAAUUUGAAAAAAUUUGAACUUUUAGUAAUGAAAAAUGUAACUUUUAAAAUUAUAUACUCAGUGAACAGGCUAUAUAGCAGAUUAGAUAAGCUGAAAAGACAUUAGUGAACUGAAAAUUUAUCUGGAAUGCAGCAUGAAGAGAUAAAAAAAUGGAUAAUAUUUUUAAAGACUUAAAGACAUGGAGUUUAGAAAAGUAAAAAAUGUAUCUAAUAGGAUUUUCCUAAGGAGACAAUAAAGCAACUGGGGAAGAGACAAUAUUUGAGGGGCUAAUGGACAUAAUUUUACAGAAUUAAUAAAAGAAAUAAAUCUUGAGAUUAAAGAGGUACAAUACAUCUCAAACAGGAGGUGUAAAAAACAUGUUUGCAUCUAAACACAUUGUAAUAAAACUGCAAAAUACCAAAGGCAAAAAGAAAAAUCUUCAAUGCAUUCAGAGGACAAAAAGAGAGGUAAUCUAAAAAGAAACUACAUUUUGACUGUCACUGACUUCUUUGCAACAACAAUAAGACCCAUGAGACAAUGAAUAAUCUUCAAAGUGCCAAGAGAAACUAAUUGCCAUCAAGAGCUGUGUAUACAGUUAAAUUAUCGUAGAAGAGGGAGGGAAAAAUGAAAAUGUGUUCAAGUGAACACAGAUCCUCAGCGAAAGAUGAAAUUGAAUUCAGGAAGAACUGAGAGGAAGGACAGAAUGGGAAGCAGAGAAAUAUCUGAGUGAGUCUAAAAAAGAAUUGACAUAAAACAACAACAGUAAUUUAUUGGGGAUAUAAAAAUAUGAUGAAUCUAAAAUAUUGGAAAUAAGUAUAUGGAAGGCAGGAGGGGAUUGUUCAGAGUCAAAAUGUUCUAAGUUCCUUGAUUUGUUUAGGAGGCAGAGUAGACAUUAAUUAACUAGAUUCUGUUAACUACGCACGUCAGUUUUUUUAAGAAUAACAACUAAAGGGGCACCUGGGUGGCUCAGUUGUUAAGCACUAAGCGUCUUCCUUAGUCUCAGGUCAUGAUCCUGGGGUCCUGGGAUUGAGCCCCGCAUCCCAGAACCAGAUUGCAGUAAUGGAAUAAAGAUCUCCCUGGACUGUCAGAAGACCAGAAUUUUAGUCGCAGAGUAGAUUUCUGUGUUUUAUUUUGUUUCGAUGUGCUUGUUUUUGUUUUCUAACUUUUUGGCCUUUCAUAAGUCACUUCAUCUUCCUGAGACUGUUUUGUCUCUGGGAUAUACUCACUAGAGUUUUCAUGUGCUUUAUAAUUUGUUUUCUUAACUUAGGUAAAAUUCCUAUAACACAAAAUUUUCAAGUGAUCAAUUCAGUGGUAUUUUGUACUUUAACAAUGUUGUGCAACCACCACCUCUGUGUAGACCCAAAACAUUUUAAUCUCUCCCAAAGAAAACCCACACCCAUUAAACAGCUGCUCUCUAUUCCCACCCCCCCUCAGCAACUUGCAAUCACAAAUCUGUUUUUUGUUUGUUUGUUUGUUUGUUUAUAUGGUUUGACCUAUUCUGGAUAUUUAAUAUAAAUGGAAUCAUUGCAAUAUGUGUCCUUUUAUGUUUGACUUCUUUCACUUAGCAGAAUGUUUUCUAGGUCCGUCCACAAUGUGGCAUGUAUCAAUACUUCAUCCCUUUUGACAUCAGAAUAAUAUUCCAUUGCCUGCAUAUAUCACAUUUUGUUUAUCUCUUCAUCCGUUGAUGGUCAUUAGGAUUAUUCCACUGUGAACAGUGCUGCUAUGAGCAAGUAUUUGAGUACCUGUUUUCCUAAUUUAUUAUUUUUAAAUGUA